AAGAGAGCAGUGGAGAAGAGAGAGAGAGAGAGCUCUUAGCGCCUCACACACGCCGGAUCGGUCUGGGCAGGAGCUGGAGUGAAGUGCUGAGCGUCUCUCUGAGAAUGCGGACAGCGCCCGUGUGAGUCCGGAGCAGUGGCUGCUGGGAUGGAUGGGGCUCGGGGGUCUCAGGGGGAGAUGCUGUCCCAGCUGCUGCAGCAUGGCCACAGCAGCAGUGCCCUAAAGGACGUCAACGUCGUAGCAAUGCUGCAUUACUUCUGGGAGCAGAAACAAGCACACAGAGGCAUUGUCCAAUCAGACAGCUUGGUGGUGUAUGAGUCCGCCCCCUCCCCCAGCCCCCCCUACAUCUGCUACGUCACCCUGCCUGGAGGCAGCUGCUUUGGAAACUUCCAGUGCUGUUUCACCAAGGCGGAGGCCAGGCGGGACGCGGCCCGGAUCGCGCUGAUGAACUCGCUCUUCAACGAGCUCCCGACCCGACAGAUCACCCCUGAGUUCAUCUCACACAGCCUGGAGGAGGCAGCGGCCACGGCGAGUGGCUGCAUAAGCGACGCCUCGGAUCCAAGCACAAGCAUAGGUGCCUACUGCCUUAUGUUGGAAUCCAACCUAGGAAAAACCAUGCUGGAGUUUCAGGAGAUAAUGACCGUGUUCCAGCUUCUGCACUGGAAUGGAACGCUGAAGGUCUUUCGAGAAAGAAAGUGUUCUCGCCAGGAAGUGAUCUCGUACUACUCCCAGCAUGCUCUGGACGAGUACACGCGGAGCCACAUGGCGCUGGACUGGCUGGUGCGGGAGCGGCAGGGCCCGGGAUCGAUCUCCCAGGAGCUGCAGCUGGCCCUGAGGGAGCUGGGGGAGGCACGGAGGAGCGGGAGGGAGCUGCGCUUCUACAAGGAGAAGAAGGAGAUCCUGAGCCUGGCGCUCUGCCAGGCCUACAGCCAGGAGCAAGAGGGGGGAGCGCAGGAGGCGCGGUGGGCCGAGUCAGACCGUGAUUACACCGACACUGACCAUGUUUAUAAUGAGACUGACCACGUUGACACCGACACUGACCACGUUUACAAUGAGACUGACCACGAUGACAUUUACGCUGAGACUGACCACGCCCAUGUUUACGCCGAAACAGACCACGCCCAGGAUGAAGGACAGAACUUGAGUGAGGACCAACCGGUCGAGCUGGAUGCCAGCCUUGUUUACAGCCAUGACAAAAACCAGAGAUCAAGAGAGAGUUAGUACUGCUAUUCACACCACAGACAUACUCCCGUAAAGUCUAACUAACAUAGAUGAGGCCAUCCCAUACAAAACCUUGAACUGACUGGCUUUUCCACGAUCACAGUUUUGUCUGCAUUCAGGUCGCCCCUCUCAACUCACAUUCUUAAAGUGCUUUACUCUGAAGGGGGAGUGGCUUGCUUUAACCACCGUCAAUGUAUAGCCUACUCCAGCAUGAUGGAGCCAGUUUAACCAGAAUGCUCAUUAUCAGCUGAAGUGAAGUGGCAGAGGCUCAUUUAGCCACUAAUACUGAGGGAUGUUUCACAGCUGGAUAUACAUAACUAUUUUCCCAUCCAGCAGUGUCCAGGGUUAGCCAGCCAUAUGUAUGUGCUCCUGUUCAGCAGAGGAAUGCAGUGUCUCAGUCAAAAUACAGCAUGUACUACAGCAUUAUGGGCAAAGAACACUUCAUAAAUCACUUUUGGAUUUCUCUCCAACUGCUAAAUAGUUUCUAAUCCUACUCCAAAGAGAUCCUGCAUUAGGCACUGCCCACACUGGUAUUUCCCAAAUAAACUGUCCAAGUCCUGCCAUGUUGGCAUUCGUAUUUCCACAAUAUACAGAAACAUACCACCUUUCGUCUAUCUUGAUCACACCUACAUAUUGUCAUCUGUAAUAUAAACAUUUUUGAAAGACAAUAUUUUGUUAGAACAAUCAAUGGGCUGCAAAGAAUCUACACUGCUGUUCCUCUGAACACUUUUUUUUUUCUUUUUUUUUUACUGAAUCUCAAAGGGAAGGUGUAAAUGGAGUGUUAACAUUUUUGUCUAUAUUUGUAAAUAAAGCUUUAUAGUGUGUGUCUUUUUGAAUACAGUAUGUCAUUGUCAUAAAAUAAAUAUACCCACAGAUAA